GGGCGCGUUUGGAAGCAGACCAUUGAUAGGAGGAACGACUGUCUUCCUCCUAAAUGGUAUGCCUAGGGGAGACUAACCAAGUGCCACAGCAUGGAAACACUCAACUGUUGGAUCUACGGUGAAGACGUUGAAAGCAUCUUUACUGUCAACAUCUCAAGUUCAGAGACUGUCUACAACCUCAAAGAAGCCAUCAAGAACAAGAACUCCUCACAGUUCCGUGAUGUGGAAGCAAAGUAUGUCGAUCUCUACUCUAUUUGCCUUUCUGACGAUGAGCAACUGGAAGGCACGCUUAGUCGGUGGGAUCAUUCAGAGGAAAGGAAGCUCAACGGAUGGUACAAAUUAUCAACCCUUUUCUCCGAGUCUAAGGAAGGGGUGUGGAUCAUCAUCGUCCGUGCACCCAGUUCCUGUACGCAUUUAUCACUGUAUGCUAUUACCCUUCUGACGGCAAACUUUAUGACUGUGAGCUCGCGUGGAAGCGUUAAGAUAUUGUGGUGGUAUGGAGAAGCUGGGUGUGGAGGAUCAUUGGAGAUGAAAUCGAACCGAAGGGCGUCUAUAACGAGCAAUAUAGCUUUUUUAUGGGUAGCGAGAGAUGUGCAGACAUCGUGCGAGCAGAUGCUCGAGUCUGAAAGUGAUAGACGAUUGAGGAGAAAGCCUUUUGUAAAGAGAUAAAUCCCUUUGUAAAGAGAUAAAUCCCCGCCAGGUGUACAAAAAGCACCCACAGAAGGAGGUAAAUCUGCUUGGACAACAUGAAGUUUCAUGCGUCUUUCCGAAACACUACAGAACACCUUCAACU